CAGAAAUUAGGGGUGGUGAGGGGAUCCCUCCGGUGACUGACAGAAGGCAGGGCUGCCUUUUCUAAGAGCGCCAGUCCUUCCCUUGCCCAGAGCCUCUUUGAGCUGCGCUCGACCAGGCAAGGUUUGUCACCAUGGCCAAUCCGUGUGCUCCUGGUCUCGUUUGACUGGACUGGCGCUAGAGGGCCUGUGCUGCGCUCUGCUAGAGCCGCCAGUGGCAAAGAGUUCCCCCGGUACUUUUAGCCGCCGACUCCAUACGGGUUGCAGGUUCGCGCUGGAGGGACAACCAAGGAGGCCGGGUCGGGGAGGAGGCGCUCGAGCGUUCAUUCGCUUGCCGCCUAGGCUGGGCCGGCCCCGGCAGAAGCGACUGAGAUGGGCCACCCCUGUCCCGGCCGGAGCUAUAAGAGGCGCGAGGACGCGCUGCAGUCGGACACUUCAGGAUGAGGCUGGUCGUGCUCCUAGUGGCCAUUGUAGCCGCCGCCCUCCUGCCGCUGCUCCUGGUGGUGGUGGCCGCGGCCGGCGGCAGCGUGGCGUGGCUGCUGCUGCGGCCCAAGCGACUGAUUCGUCCGCUGGACCAGGUGGGCUACCUGACUGAGCCCGGCUGGACCCGCGCGCAGAGCGCCGGCCGGAUGCGCAAGAACCGGCGUGCCGGCCAGCUGCUGCCCUCCUACCCCAAUGGCUGGUUCCGGCUCUUGGGCUCAGCCGAGCUGGCCCGCGGGGAGGUGCGCAACGUGGCUGCGCUGGGGGAACAGUUUGCUGUGUUUCGAGGUUUGGAUGGGGAAGUCUAUGUUCUGGACGCUUACUGCCCACACCUCGGGGCCAACCUUUCAAUCGGUGUCUGUGUGGUGGGCAACUGCAUCGAGUGUCCCUUCCAUGGCUGGAUUUUCUCUGGGAAGGACGGGAGCUGCGUCAAGAUCCCAUAUGCCAAAAAAGUGCCUGAAUUUGCAACUACCAAAGUUUGGCCAUCGUGUGAAAUGAACAUGAUCCUGGUGUGGUAUCACUGUGAUGGCACGAGCCCAGCAUGGCAAGUCGCCGAGCAGGAAGAGGCAUCAUCGCCCAACUGGCUCUUCCGGGCUGGAACGGAGCACUUUGUCAGCGUGCACAUUGAGGAAAUUCCAGAGAAUGCUGCCGAUGUAGCCCACCUUUCCUUUCUCCAUAGUCCCUCGGUCAUAAGUGGAAAUGACCUGCGCUUCACAGACAACCAACGCUGGGCAUUUUUCAGGCACACCUGGGAGGCAGAGUGGCAGCCUGAGCCGGAGCCCAACGGACACUGUUCGGUCAUGCUUCUGACCCACCACGUGCUGCUCUUUGGCAAGCCCAUCGCCUUCCUCGAUCUGCAUGUUUCGGCCAGGCAGGUCGGUCCUGGGUUGGUUAUGAUGGCCCUGAGUAACACCUUCCUGGGCAAGGGGCUGAUCGUUCAGACCGUCACCCCUCUAGAGCCACUUCUGCAGCAUGUGGUCCACCAGAUCUACUUCCCGCGCAACGUACCCUCCUUCAUUGCCAAGCUGAUACUAUGGGCUGAGGGGGUCCAGUUUGAACGGGACAUUAUGAUCUGGAAUAACAAGAGGUUCCUCUCCAAGCCGUUGCUGGUGAAGGAAGAUGCCGCCAUCCUGAGGCACCGGCGGUGGUUCUCUCAGUUCUACAGCCAGAACAGCCGGAAAUUCAAUGCCCAGAAGGGACAGCUGGAUUGGUGAUGGCCCC